GAACGGACGCGGACGACGCCGGGCCGAGAGGCUGCCGGGAUCGCGGCGGACUUGGCGGGCGGGGCCGGGGGGCAAGAUGGCGGCCGCGCGGAGAGGGCUCUCCAGCGCGAGGGUUCCAAACCGCCAGACCUCUGUCCCCGGAAGGCCACUGGUGAUGAGGUUUGUCGGUGGACUUUGAUUUGGUGAAAAACGAAGUUUAUCCCAGCACAGGAUCUCUUCGCUCACCUUGUAUGUCACCUCGGGGGAAACAUUUGUUCUGUUCCUUCCACAUUUAACUUCUGUGCUGGCACGCCUGCCUUCUCGCAGCCACAUUGUCAUUGACUAGAAAUGCCAGGUCCUAGAAGCCACACUGUCUUUAGCCAGAGUGAGCUCCUGUAGUCUGAAAUGGGUAGAACAGCCUGUCUGAUGAUAGCUGCCCUUAAUGUUAAGUUUUAUGUUGCUUAAGGUCCUUACACAGUUUUCUUUCCCUGAGCCCCACAAUUUCAGUCUGUGACAGUGGGCAGCUGGCAAAUAGACUGGAAGUGUGUCUGGGCUAACCUUCAAGAGAAGGAUCAGAAAGGAGGAAAACCCCAGUCAACAUGAAAUCCACCCCAAUAAUAACAGACCUCCAGGCAGCCUAGUUUAGCUAGAGCCUGGAAAAGGAGAGAUCGGGUUUAAAGAGCACCCUGCCCCGUAACGUGAUGCGAGUUUACAAAUGAUCCGCUCUCCGCUAGCCCUCACCUGGCUUCCCGCUCUCGGCACGUGCCGUCCCGCCUCAGAGCCCAGUUCUGAAUCUCUGUCACUAAUGUCCUGUGUUGACCCAUUUGAGAUGCCGACCCAAGUGAGACUCCACGGAGGGCCCAAAGCUGCCCAAGGAGACAUGGGAUCACCCUGUGACAUCCCCCACAGAAGCCCCCCCCCCCCCCAGGCCGGGUCUCCUGGGCCCCCGGGACACAGAGGAGAAGAAUGGGCAGGCAGUUCACACCACGUCCUUGGUUGCCAGGUUCUCAGUUUUUAUUGACAUAUCUGCAUAUCACGAAUGGCUACUAGGGUGAGCCUCUUCCGACAGGAAAUCUGACCCAGGACACGCACCCUCAAGGAUGAGUCAGCUACCUUCAAAUCCAGGACCCCUGAUUCAGAGGACUGAUUUACCUGCUCCGGGCUUGCUCUUAUCUCCAUGACAGGAUGAUGGAAAAAUGUGUAAUAGCUGCAGGGGUGAGGACGAGCCAAGAGAUGCACGAUUCGCAGAGAUUGAAUUGCUGAUUUAGGGAGCUCUUGUUGUUUGGAGGGAUAUUUGGGGCAAUGAAUAAAAUUCCUGUGGAAAGCAAGUGUCUGUUAUCAAUUUCAAAAAAAAGACUUGUUGUAACCUGAAUGAGAAAAGGUUUUCAUCUAAUUAUACCUGUGUAGCAAAUAUGCAGAAACCGCAGAAGUUUCGAAAAGCUGCAGUUUGGUUCCCUUCCAGGGCAUUUUCCUUCCCUGGCGGGAUUUGUGGAGGGGAAUCACUCCCUGGCUGAUCCGGCCUCAGGGUUCCCUUCUACUUCCCCUCUGAGCUCCCUCUGCUCCCAGGUACAUGCCGUCUCCCAGCCUCAGGUUCUGAGGUCAGAUCCUCCUGGGAGGGACGGAUGCAGAGGUGAUGGAAAAAUACCUAGCUGCAGGCCCCAAUAAACACUGGCUUCUUUCUAUAAACGUGCAAUGAAAGGAGAAGCAGGCCGGGCUCGUGGUUGUCGACGUUCAUCAGGCCUGGUUCAGCCUGCUCGUGGGAUGCGGGCCUCCUGACGUGCUGUCUCUUCCAGGGAGCACCUCCUCUGCCAUGCUCUCAUCGGUCCCCCUUCAAAUGCUGCUCUGCCUCAGUGGGAUGUGUGACUCCCUGUACUUCCUGGCGACACUCCUGAUGAUGACAUAUAAAAGUCAGGUUUUCAGUUAUCCUCAUGAGUACCUGGUCCUCGACCUGACUCUGCUCCUUCUGAUGGGGAUUCUGGAAGCAGUUCGGCUAUACUUUGGCACCAAGGGUAACCUGAUGGAGGCCGAAGUGCCCCUGGCCACCAGCCUGGUCCUCACGGCGGGCAGCGGCCUGCUGUGCAUCUACUUCCUGCGCUGGCAGACCCUGGUGCUGUGGGCGGACUUGGUCCUUAGCGCCGCGCUCCUGGCACUCCACGGCCUGGAGGCCGUCCUGCAGGUGGUGGCCAUCGCCAGCUUCGUCAGCUAGUUGGGCAGUGCCCUGCCCCGGGAACAGCCCUGGACAGGAGCCCCGUCCUCGGCACCCAGUCGUCCCGCAGCUGUCCCCUCCCCCAAUGCAGAAUGGGAAGGGCAUUUUCCUCCUGAUUUGUCAUGCAGUUAGAGGACGGGAGGGUUUGGAGUGGUUUGUGAUCUUUUUGAUGGAGAAGGGGGUCAGGACCCAGCGCAGAACAAAAUGCUGGGGCCCCGUGUUGGGAACAGCGCAGGUGGGUCAGGAACUGCCCUGGGCGCUCUCUGGGGAGUCACAGGGACAUCUGCUCAGUUCCCGUUUUUGGCUGGUAAGGAUCUCGCUUCAGCAGCCAUCCUGACCCCUGAGGCCAGAGGGUGGACAAGGGCCUUAGAGAGACAGCCAGCGGCCCUGUGGGCUCCGGCCCGUCACCCUCCCUCUGGUGUCUGUGGCCAUCUCCCGCAGCUGGGCCAGGAGCCUGGGCCAGCCUGCUAGAUCACCAAAGGUGCGGGCUGGGACGGCGCAUCGCCUUGCUGUGAUGGGGCCUUCCUCACACAGCUCUUUGCUUCUGUACUUUCCACACCGGUCCUAGCCCACAGUGUUGAAAGCCCAGGUUAGUUGGUGGGACCUCUGCUUGGCAUGCGAUCUGGGGCUCCCUGCUCUCCUGGGGGGUCGGAGCUGCCAGCCGGGUGGGGCAGGGAUCCUCAGCCAGGGGCAGGCCAAGGCCCAGACAGAUCGCACUCUAGUUCCCAAAAGAAAUGCAGUCUAGCCAGUCAGCUCUGCGUUUUGGGGGAUUUUCUCCUCCGCCUCAACUCCUUUCUGAAGUUGGGGAUUCUGAAGAACGGUGCCCUGGAGACCCAGACAGGGGAGGGAGUAGGGAGCACCCACGGGCACGGUUCUGCCCAUGUGGAAAUGUCAGUCACUGUCAGUCAUAUGUGCUCUGAGGGCUGGAGGAGUCCCGCCCAGACCUGUCUGCCUCUCCCUCAGAUCUGCCGGUGCUCCUGGAAGGAGAGUGCUCACGUUCCAGGAACUUCCCUUUGUUUCUGUCGCGUGUUUCCUAUGUGGGAGUAACAUUACGGUCAAAUAUCUGGGCAUUUUCUUUUCACCAUAGUUUUUAAAUAAAGAGAUGUUUCUACUUCCUUGAA